AUGGGAGGUAAAGCCAAGUUUAAAAAACAUACGGCUGCAGAACUUGAUCGUCGUCAGAAACAAGUGAAUAAGGGCGGAGGUAAAGCUGGUGCCGCUACCCGUGGUGUUGCUAAGCUUAACUUUACGUGCGAUGUCUGCAUGAGUGCUUCCCCCGACAUCAAGUCGUACGAGCUCCAUUACAUUAGCAAACAUCCGAAAGCAGUGUUUGAUCGUGAAGCUAUGAUCAGUAAGGCAGAAGCACUGCGUGAUUCGCAGCAAGACCAGACUGCUAAUGGUUCCCACCACAAGAAGAAAUAA